CACGCUGCUGUUGCUUUUUCCGCGAAAAUGGAGGCGGUUGUGUCGGAUAUAGUGGCACCAGAAGAUCUAAAGAGGUUUGAGAAGAAGUAUAACGCUGAGCUGGUGAAAGGACCCGUUUCCAGGGAAACGACUUUUGAAUACGCCUGGUGCUUGAUCAGAAGCAAGUACUCAAAUGACAUUGUAAAAGGCAUUCAGCUACUGGAAGAACUGGUUCAUACAAGCAAAAAAAAUGAUCAGAGAGAUUUUCUCUUCUACCUUGCUGUUGGAAACUACAGACUUAAGGAGUAUGAGAGAGCACUGAAGUACAUUCGCACUCUGCUGAAAAAUGAACCAGAUAAUAAACAGGCCCUGGAACUGGAACUCAUAAACAAUGCGCUAAAAAAAGAUGGAUUAGUUGGCAUGGCAAUUGUCGGUGGUAUCGGUUUAGGUGUGGCCGGAUUGGCUGGUCUUAUUGGUUUGGCCGUGUCCAAAGGUGCAAAGUCCUAAUACGGAGUUCCUGACGAGUGUACUUUGAUUCAGUUCCUCUGCAGAAGAGAGACUUAAUGAUUUCUUAUAAUCACAUAACACCAUGAGGAGGCCUGUCCCUUUUUAGUUUGUAUUUUUCUGCUGGCUUUCAUCAUAUUUUACCACAUUUCUUUUGCUUUAUCAUUCUCCAGCUCUUUUUGGUAUGUAUAGAGAUGUGGGGUUGGAAUAAAGUAAUACAGUGUGUAUGUUUUUCCUUUGAAACCUUUCAUUUUUCAAGGAAAUUCAACUACAGAUGUUUGCCAAAGAUUUGCAAUACAGGAUAAGAUAUAUUGUAAUAGCAUGUACUUUUUGGUUUUUCUCUUUUAUAAUUAAAUAUAUAAAUGUACUUACACUAUAGAUAAUCAAUAUGGAACAGUUUUGAUAAACUACAUUAUUGCCUUAUGCUGUUAAUAAAUUAAAAUGUGUGGUUACUGAA